AUGCUGUCACCCCUCUGGCAUAGUGCCUACUGGCCUAUAUUGUGCCUACGGGGCUAUGUUGUGCCUUCGGGGCUAUUACUGCCUACGGGGCUAAUACUGCCUACGGGGCUAUUACUGCCUACGGGGCUAUUACUGCCUACGGGGCUAUUACUGCCUACGGGGCUAUUACUGCCUACGGGGCUAUUAUCUGCCUACGGGGCUAUUACUGCCUACGGGGCUAUUACUGCCUACGGGGCUAUUACUGCCUACGGGGCUAUUACUGCCUACGGGGCUAUUACUGCCUACGGGGCUAUUACUGCCUACGGGGCUAUUACUGCCUACGGGGCUAUUAUCUGCCUACGGGGCUAUUACUGCCUACGGGGCUAUUAUCUGCCUACGGGGCUAUUACUGCCUACUGGGCUAUUAUCUGCCUACUGGGCUAUUAUUUGCCUACGGGGCUAUUUACUGCCUACGAGGCUAUUUCCUCUAGGUGGCUGA